AACCGUGUUCAGGCCAGCAUAAGUGACUUCUCCCAAACACUUCACAGUGAUAUCUACCCACAAUCCAACUAAUCUCACAAUGUCCCUUCAAGGAAAAGUAGCUCUCAUCACAGGCGGCGGCAAGAAUCUAGGCGCUCGUCCGUACUUUACUAGACAUUAUAAUUCAACAAUCCCACACUGACAAGGUGUAGAAACGGCCCGCGAGCUCGCCAAAGAAAAAGCGACUCUUGCAAUCCAUUACAACUCCGCCAAAAGCAAGAGCGAAACGGAGAAAUUCGCCGACGACCUCAGCAAAAGCGGCAUUCGCGUUUCCAUUCAUGCUGGCGAUCUCACCAGUGCCAAAGCGUGUGAAGAUCUCUUCGCCGAAGUCCUCAAGACGCAUGGCAAGGUUGAUAUCCUCGUGAAUACGGUGGGAAUGGUUUUGAAGAAGCCGAUUACGGAGGUUAGCGAGGCGGAGUACGACAAGAUGUUUGCUGUCAAUUCCAAAGCCGCAUUCUUCCUGCUGAAAGAGGGUGCGAAACAUAUCGAGGAGGGCGGAAAGAUUAUCACCCUCGCCACUGCCUUGCUGGCUGCGUUUACCGGCUUCUACACUCCGUAUGCAGGCAGCAAGGCUCCCGUUGAGCACUUCACUCGCGGUGUAGCCAAGGAGUUGUCUGCAAAGAGGAUCUCGGUCAACAAUGUUGCUCCUGGGCCAAUGGACACGCCAUUCUUCUAUCCUCAAGAAUCACCCGAGGCGGUGGAGUUUCACAAGAGCCAGGGAAUGGGCGGCAGAUUGACUGAAAUCACGGAUAUCGCUCCUCUCAUUCGCUUCCUCUGCACCGAGGGGGGUUGGAUCACCGGGCAGACUCUCUUCGCUAAUGGCGGAUAUACAACUCGUUGAAGCAUGUUUGCAUUGGUGGGCACAGGGGUACAUCGCUUGUAGGAGUUGAAUGUA